CCCGAGGCGAGGGGAGCGGCGGGGGCGGCGCCGCGACCGCCGGGACCCGCACCGCCCCGCCGGGCCGCCGCGCCGCCGCCUCCCCCCUCUGGGCCGCAGUGGUGCAGCCCGGAGGUUAGCGGAAGCGGCCGCUCGGCGCUGCCAUGUUGAGCCGCCGCCGCCGCCGCCGCUUUGUUGUCGGCUCCAUGUAGCUGGGGCCCGGGGGAGGGAGGGGGGGACUGCGCCGCCGGAGCCGCCGCCGCCGCCCGCCGAGGGCCGGGACGCCCCCGCCAUGGAGGCCAACUGGACCGCGUUCCUCUUUCAGGCACACGAAGCCUCACAUCACCAACAGCAGGCAGCACAGAACAGUUUGUUGCCUCUCCUGAGCUCUGCUGUUGAGCCACCCGAUCAGAAGCCGAUUCUGCCCUUACCAAUAACGCAGAAACCUCAGCCUGCACCAGAAACAUUAAAGGAUGCUAUUGUUGGGAUUAAAAAGGAAAAACCUAAAACCUCCUUUGUGUGCACUUACUGCAGCAAAGCUUUCAGGGACAGCUACCAUUUGAGGCGUCACGAGUCCUGCCACACAGGGAUAAAGUUAGUGUCACGGCCAAAGAAAACUCCCACCACAAUGGUGCCCCUUAUCUCGACCAUCGCUGGUGACAACAGCCGAAGUUCAUUGGUUUCGACUAUCGCAGGCAUCCUGUCCACAGUCACUACGUCUUCCUCUGCCACCAACCCCAGCAGUAGUGCCGGCGCAACGGCUAUGGCAGUGACUCAGACGGUGAAGAAGCCCAGCAAACCCGUUAAGAAGAACCACGCUUGUGAGAUGUGUGGAAAGGCCUUCAGGGAUGUCUACCACCUCAACCGGCACAAGCUGUCCCACUCAGAUGAAAAGCCCUUUGAAUGUCCAAUUUGCAAUCAGCGCUUCAAGAGAAAGGAUCGCAUGACCUACCACGUGAGGUCUCACGAAGGUGGCAUCACGAAACCAUACACCUGUGGUGUUUGUGGAAAAGGCUUCUCGAGGCCUGAUCAUUUAAGCUGUCACGUUAAACAUGUUCACUCAACAGAGAGACCCUUCAAAUGCCAAACGUGCACUGCUGCCUUUGCCACCAAAGACAGACUGCGGACACACAUGGUGCGCCAUGAAGGAAAGGUAUCGUGUAAUAUCUGUGGUAAACUUCUGAGUGCAGCAUAUAUCACCAGCCACUUAAAGACACACGGGCAGAGCCAAAGUAUCAACUGUAAUACCUGUAAACAAGGCAUCAAUAAAACAUGCAUGAGUGAAGAGACCAGCAAUCAGAAGCAGCAGCAGCAGCAACAGCAGCAGCAGCAGCAGCAGCAGCAACAACAGCAGCAGCAGCAGCAGCAACAACAACAGCAACAACAACAACAACAACAGCAGCAGCAGCAACAUGUAACAAGUUGGCCUGGAAAGCAGGUAGAGACCCUGAGGUUAUGGGAAGAGGCCGUCAAAGCGAGGAAGAAAGAAUGUCAGUUCACCUUUGAGAAGGCUAUAGAGUACGUACCAUUCGAAGCUGCUAACUUGUGCCAAACCUCCACUGCUGCUACUACGCCUGUGACUCUUACUACUCCAUUCAAUAUAACGUCCUCUGUGGCUUCUGGGACUAUCACAAACCCAGUCACAGUGGCAGCUGCAAUGAGCAUGAGAAGUCCAGUAAAUGUAUCAAGUGCAGUUAAUAUAUCCAGUCCGAUGAACCUAGGGCAUCCUGUAACUAUAACAAGUCCAUUAUCCAUGACAUCUCCAUUAACGCUCACCACACCAGUCAAUUUACCUACCCCAGUAACCGCUCCAGUGAAUAUAGCGCAUCCAGUCACUAUAACAUCUCCCAUGAACCUCCCCACACCAAUGACGUUAGCUGGUCCGUUAAAUAUAGCAAUGAGACCAGUAGAGAGCAUGCCUUUCCUGCCCCAGGCCUUGCCCACGUCUCCUCCCUGGUAAAGAAUUUCUAAACAGUAUUAAAAAGGAUUAAAAUGGAAUCCUUACCAGCAGUUCUUUUUUGGGUUUUGUUUGGUUGGGUUUUUUUUUGUUGGGUUUUUUUUUUCUUUUUUUUUUUUUGUUUUGUUUUAGUUAAUAAUAAAUUCAGACUAAGACACUGGGGCAACAUGCACCAUCAGAGACCAUAGUAGCAUCUUCCCCUGUUGAUUUGGCUCAUGGUUCAAACUUGAGUUUCACUGGAGCACUUCAUUUAAAGUAAGUUUUACCUUUUAGCUGACUGAUGCUGAAUUAGAGCAGAUACUUAUUUGACAGAGUUUUAAAAAAAAAGUCAUUAAAAAAACAGUUUUAUGUUUUAUCCCCCAAAUUAUAACUUAGAAAAUUAUUUUAAUCUAAACACUAGCAAAGACCUCUCUGUAUCUUUAACAGGGUGGAUGGCUAAUUUUAACUUGCCAGUCAUUAAGUCCAUUGUUUCUGAGCUAGUGUAGAACCUUUGUCUGUGUUGAUGUUUUUUUUUUCUAUGAGUAAAUGCAUUACAAUGUUGUCAUUUAAAAAAAAAUGCAUUUUGGAGAAAAUAUGCAUUUUACCUUUGGGAAUAUGAUAAUUUCAGGCAGCAUUCCCUAUGGGAAAGGUGAUACCAGCUCUGAUAUGCAAAGCAUAUGAUAACUUAUCAUUCUAACUUCAACAUAUAAUAGGGAUUGUGACCUGAUAUUUGGAGAUGUAAAUAUUACCCAACAUAUUACCCUAAGGGAAUAUAGCAUUGUAGUCAACAUUUUUUUUAAAAAAAACUGUUACUGUUUGGUGAGAAACAGCCAUGGCUGACAGAAGAGGAGUCGAAAUGUAUGUAAACAUGGUCUCUGAACAGUCAGACCCCUAUGGGACUCUUAUCUAGGAGCAAAAGGAGUGCUUUGAAACUUAAGAAAUACUGCUUUAAGCUGGAAGAUUCUGGAGGCACUGGGUAUGAUUUUUAUGCCCUCUGCCUCCCAAUCAGAGCCUGCUGGUGUUACAGCAGGGGACAGACGUGUUAGUUGUUCACUAGAAGUUUUGUCUUAUAUUAAAUUGUAUACAGUUUUUAUUCUAACCACUAACUAGGUAGGAUGCCCCUCCAGGACAAGCAGAGAGCGUCUUUUAAUUUCUCCCCUAUUUCUUAAUCAAGUGUUGUGCAAAUCUGUUCAACUUUGUAAAUAUUUGCAAACAUCAUCAUUUUUACGUUAUUCUUCUAUUGUGUUAACACAUUUCUAUCAAUUUGUGGGAGUUCUGGGGCGAUGGUUUGAACUGUCCAGCCCAGAACUUCUCCACAAAUGGUCACACAUGUUUAAGCUACAUGUGCUUUUUAUUUCUUAACCUGUUUAUCUGUACAUAAGGUAGAAAGCAAAAUCUAGGGAAACAGAUAUACUUUUUAGACUAUCAUGUCACAUAUUCACGUUUUUAAAACUUUGUUUAAAAAAGAAAAACCACCCUGAACCCAAGACUCUACAUUAAAAAAAAAAAUAAAAUUACAGUUGAGAUGUUUUUAUCUUAAUGAAGUUGAAAGCUAUGGAGAUUAGCGUGUGCGCAAUUUCACAGAGUGCUAGCAGGACUAACUAGUCAAAAUGGACUGCUUCCGUUUCUACCCUGCUGUGUCAGUACAAGCAGUGAUUGCCAGGCUGCUGGCUCAGGUGACAGGUAUCUGUAUCAUUACGUGAAACUGUUCUAGGGGCUUGGACUACAUAGUAAAACAAAAACAAAACAAAAAAAAAGAGCUUAGUGUAAAAUAAUUUUAUAAAUGAUCUUUUGUACUUUAGGACAUCAAAUUGUACAACUUUUGUAUAUAUAAAAGCUUAGGAACUUUCUGUUUAGCAGAAAGGAAACACAUUCCUACACUUUUAAUGUAUAUGUUUGUUAUAAUGUCCAUGUAAACAUAUGCCCUAUGUUUGUGCCUUUUAAUUAGUUUGUCUCAAUAAACAAAAAUGUAGAGAAGAA